AUGAUGCAUGGGAAAGUUCCCAUAAUAAUGAUAUACGGGAAAACAACAAUCUUUCAUCUCCCAUUCUCUUCCUUUCAAAUUUCUUUCCACCAGAACCCUCCCCCGGCGUCUUCUCAUUGGAGCAAACCCUCCCUCGGGCGGUCCACCCUCUGUCGGCCAACUUCCAUCAGCGGCCCAACUUAUCGUUGCCUCCCUUCCGCCGACCCUCUCCCAUCCCUCCGUUCCCCUCGACUCUCCUCUCCGGGGACAUCGCCUUCAUCACUUCACGCUGCCGGAAAUCAUCAAUAUGAUCUGGACGAUUCCGUCUCUAACGUCGAGCAUAUGGAAGACGGCGGCGCUGCCGUGAACGUGAAGCCGAUUGGAGAUGCCGAGGAACACCAAAACAAUCUCAGUAAGGAUCUGUAUGCAUGUCCCGUCAACUUCUCCCACCCGACAAUGUACCAGUACACUGGUAUUUUGUAUAAUUAA